GUUCAUUGCUCGGGAUAAACGCUUCAACAGAGCUUCACAUCCAUGUUCUCCCUAUCAGCAUCACCUGCCUUCGUGAAAAGCGGCACUAGAGGGCUCAGAACGUGCUGUGUGGUGCUCAAACAGAAGAGGAAGAGUCCCUUCAAGCGACUUGUUGAGCCCAUUGAGACGAGACAGAGGCCGAGAAGCGUACAGAAGAAGCCGACCGUUGCGGGCGCUCAACACGCUGAGCGUAAGAAGUCGGGUGAGUCUACGCUGCCAGUGCUGGAGACGUUUGAUUCCGGUGAGUUUAAAAGGAACGAGUCGCUUGUGUCGAAGAUCAAGAGCUUUGACGAGCUGAAAUUGGAGCCUGAUGUUAGAAGAGCCGUGGUUGGUAGUAUUAGGGAGCAGACGGUGCUGAGGGCUCAAAACUAUGAGAAACAUAGCAUCCAUAACCAGGAUCCCGAGCAGCUGGAGAUUGCUCCGUCCCCUAUCCAGACAAUAACGAUACAUCACCUUGCAAAGCACCUGAUGGAGCCCAACAUGAAGAUCUAUACUGUUGCAGCAGAGACUGGUUCAGGCAAGACAUGGGCAUAUUUGGCACCUUUGGUGGACUAUCUCAAGCAACAAGAGUCUCUUCCGAGCUGGGAAGCCAAAAUGAACAAGGCCCUGGUGCGCUCUGUGAUCCUUGUGCCGACUCAUGAGUUGACGAAUCAGGUUUAUGAGACUGUUUCACCUCUAAGAGAUUCGUUGGGACUACACUGUGCCAAAUGGGACUACAGUGUAAGCCACGAGGAGUUCAUUAAGCAGUUUAAGGACAGGAUCGAUAUCUUGAUCACCACGCCAGGGAAACUACAAACUUUAGAAAAGAUACGAGUGAUUUCUAAGCCUGAACAUAUAUUACAACAAACGACAUUCGUUAUUGUCGAUGAAGCUGAUACUCUGAUGGAUCGUUCAUUCAUCGAAGAUACGUAUGCAUCAUUUAAGAGAAUGCCUAAUAUCUCGAGGAUGAUCCUAUGCUCUGCAACUAUUUCUAACCAGUAUAACGUUGCCUUGCAAAAGAUCUUUCCAACCUCUGAACCUGAACUGUUGAUAUCUCCAAGAAUGCACAAGGCACCAAAGAACAUCCAAUUCAAGAUGGUUGAUUGCGAAAUCGCACCAUACCAAGGCUCCAAGAUGAAAGCUCUGGUUCAGAUCAUGUACGCUAUCUACAAAGAUGGAACAGAACAGAACUAUGAGAAGAGAUCGGUUAUCUUUGUAAAUAACAAACAAGACGUUUCAAAGGUUACACACAAGUUGAAGUCUUAUGGUCACGAUGUUGUCUCAUUAACUGGUGAUGAUUCACCUGCUGAAAGAGCACAGUUGAUUCACGAUUUCGUCAGCCCACCAAAGUUGUUGAAGGACAAGGAUGAAGCCAAGACUAAAGUGGAAUAUGAAACGAUUCCUGGAUCGAACAUUCAAAUAAAGAAGACCCUACCAGACGAUGGUGGCGAUGAUCAGGAGUAUAAGAGAAUGAAGGUCUUGGUGACAUCAGAUGUUUCAUCCAGAGGCCUGAACUUCUUUGGUGUUAGAAACGUCAUCCUGUACGAUAGUCCAAACACACCAGUGGACUUGCUCCAUAGAAUUGGUAGAACUGGGAGAAUGGGGCAGCCUGGUAGAGUAUUCUUGAUAACUGAUAAGAAGACGAAGAAUUGGGUGAAACAGUUCAUGAAGAAGAGAGGUGCACGCAACUGACCGAAUACACCAUAUAUGCUAAUGAAGCUAGGGAGGAAUCCCUCCCUCCAAAAUGUACAUAGUCAAACUCAUUAAACGUGGUUAACCAGUA